CCGAUGACCACAAGCGUAAAUGAGGGGCAAACUCCAAGACAAAGAAUUCAUCGUUCGAAAUGCUACCCAGCACCCUAUUUCUGUGCAGGAUACCUCAGCAGCAGUGGUCUCUUUACUACCUGGGAUACCCACCGCAGUCACUCUGAAUAGCCGUGCUAAGCAUGUUAUCAUUGUUUGCAACGACAAAGAUGGGCUGAACAUCAACAUUGCUGUUCCAAUAACCAAAGCUCUUCCACUGAAGCGACUAGAAAACACGGCGUCAGAUAUGCAACCAAGCCCCUAUGUGGUCUAUUCGUUCAUGGAAGAAGCAUUGGACUCAAAACAAUCGACAAUCCUUGUUCUUCCAAGGCGGAAUUUGUCUGCUUUCCUUGGAGAUUUUAACGAUUUCGUUCCACUCUCUUCUCUCCUCUUGCCGGGAACCCAUGACUCGGUAGCAUAUUAUGGCUACCCCUUUUCUCAGUGUCAAUCCCCAACAUUCCCUCUACCCACCCAACUCCGCUCUGGAGUUCGCACGCUCGACAUCCGCCUCGCCGUCCUUCCCGUAAAGGCUAAAGACCCUAAGACAGGUAAACGCAUCACCAAACCCACCCUCGCUGCCUUCCACGGUAUCAUCUCCCAGAGAGUUUUCUUCAGCUCUAUUCUUCACGUCAUCAAAGAAUUUCUCGCGGAGAAUAAGACUGAGUGUGUUGUAAUGAGUUUGAAGCAGGAAGAUGGCGCGCGGACGCCUGAGGCGGUCUUCAGCCGGUUAGUAAAAGAAGAGGUGUAUGCCGACCGAAGUCUCUGGUUCCUGCAGAAUCGAAUUCCAAGGCUCGGAGAGGUUCGGGGAAAAAUAAUUCUCUUCAGCCGAUUCAGAGACGUGGGUGCUGACUGGCCAGGAGGUGACGAGCACGGGUUAGGCCUCCACCCAACCACCUGGCCCGUUAGCCCAAGGGAGGCCUUCCAAUGGCAUGCACGAGAUCAUACCCUCGUUCAAACUCACGAUUGGUAUAAUAUCGGCUCCUUCCUAUCAACACCAGAGAAGUUCACUCUCGCUACCUCGAAUCUCCUCGUACCAUCUACUUCCCUUCCUCCCAUAUUCCAAAUGCCGAGCCAAAGAAUUUCGUUCAUGUCCGCGUUUACGUUUCCACUCGCUCUACCACCUCUCAUCGCGCUUGGCAUCAAAUGGGGAUUUUUCGGAUGGAACGGCGUUAAUCAGAGGCUAGCCGCUUGGCUUCUGCAUCGCUUCACACGCGAACAUGAGCGUGCGGCGAAUACGACGGUGGCGGAGACACGGUUCGAAAAGGAGCAGUCGAGUGAUAAUAUUAUCGACUAUUCGGGUGAGAUCAAAACGCGAAUAAAGGGGAUCAAUACGGCGAUGGAGGCCGAUGACAGGGAGUAUGAUCAUGAAACGAAGGUGCGUGGAUGGAUUUUGCUCGAUUUUGUUGAUCAGCCUGGGGAUUUGUUGCCUUUGCUUGUGGAAUGUAACUAUCGUUAAUAUUAGUCGAUUUGUGUUAAUAAUAGUGUCACAAUGGUAUCGCAUCGAGACUUUGA